AUGAGCGCUGCUAAAACAACUACUAUGAGAGCCUUACCAACAGCCGAGGAGGCGGGCAGUGGAUCAACAGAAGGUGGUAACGUAUUUGGGCGUACAAGGCACCCUGUUCUUUCGAGAAGCAUUUCCACCAGUGCCAAAGUUCCUAGUGUACCUUAUUUGCUGAAUAUAUCCGGGGAAACGACAACGAGUGCCACCGAUGAAGAUCCUAGGAGUACUUUGACACCGCCAGCGUCAUCUACCAAGAUGCAAUUUCUUUCAUCUCAGGGCUACCCUGGCAGUGGGAGCAGUUUAGAGGGGUCACCUUUAGAAUCAAGAACUACUGGUAUUACUACUACUGGAAGCGCUUUAAGUAGCGGUCGCCGACGUCAGUCAUCCAUGGACUCACUGAUGAGAGCGGCAGCUACUGUUGAGAAUGACAACGAGUUGAACCAACUGUACCAGGAUAAAUUAAGCUUUAUCAUAGAGCUUAAAAAUUGUAUAUCCGAUGAGAUUAGAAAUUGGCCGGUAGUGCAAGAUCCUGAAGAGUUAUCGUCUACACCAACAAGCAGUAACUCCAGAAUUUUAUUGGAUAGGGUCUCUAAUGAACAGUUGAGUUCUCUAGGAAAUGUAGUUUGUAGGUUGAAGGAAACUGUGGAGGAGCUAGUUGAAUUAAAGUCACAAACUCCUCAUAUUAAGGAGAAUAUGGCAUCGAAAUUACAAAGAGAUUUGCGUGUGAGCACCCCUCAACAACAACCACGCAAGGUUGUUUUACCGCCAAUGGAAUCGCUAACGAUGAAUUUGCCGCAUCAAGAAAGAACUGCAUUUCAUGGUUACCGUUUCCCAAGUGGACCCACAAGUCCAGCGACUGCCAUACCACCACAAGAACAACAGAGGCGGCAGUCACAACAGCAGCAACAACAACAGAGGCAACCUCAAGACCCUGAACAACGACAUCAUCAACCACCACCCCCUCGACCACCCCCUACUCAACAUCAAGUAAUUUCUUCGUGGCCUUCUGCAACUCAACCCAGUCCUACUGAGCCUUCUCAUAGGUUUACACUCUCAGAUCCUUCAGCUUAUGUUGGAAGGACUACGAUGCCAAUGAUAUUCAAAUCUUCACAACCUCAACAAUCCCAAGCACAACCACAGUCGAUAAUUCCAGGGAAGAAGAACCCUAAAAAUUUGAAAUUCCAGAAAAAACGUAAGAAAUCGUUAACAGAAGUGUCAUUAGCUGCACCUCAAAAUUACAGAAGAUCUUUGACUCAAGGUCUUCUUAUAGCUGAGAACGUAAGACAAACUGAACAAGCAACGACUUCAUGCGUUCACUGUAAAGAAGGAAUUACGCCUGAAUGGAGGAGAGGUCCCUAUGGUAAUAGAACUCUCUGCAAUGCUUGUGGAUUGUUUUACAGGAAAUUAAUCAAGAAAUUUAGCACCAGAGAUGCAAAUAUCCUAAUGCGUUAUAAGAGACAAGUUAAUCCUGAAGAUAGGAGAGUUCCUUCCGCUUUAGAUGUCCCAGAAUUAUUUAUUUCUCAGCUUGAGAACGAUCCAAAUUUGGACUCAGAGUUCAAUACGAUCGGUGGGCUGGUUUCCAACUACAAGCUGGGUUAG